ACGUCAUGGACAUAUUCCACACAUGCCAGUUUGUGUACACGGUAUCCCCCAACAAACGGGUAGCUGACAGCGGUAAGGGAUUAACUAAGUAAGCAUUCCUGUGGGAGAGAUAAAGCGUGGGCAACUUCUCACAGCAAUGGCUUCCUGAGAAUUCCUCGUUCAUGAAGAUUCAAUUCCAAAAUGACGCUCUAGCUAAAACACCUCCUAGUGCCAAAGCUGACAAGGGGAGAUAAUGUGUGUUGUACGAAGGGUUCGGUGACAGGAGCUAUAUCUAGAACGUGUGAGCGGACUCCAUGUUGCUACCCACAGGGGAAAUGGGGUGCGGUAGAAGCAAGCAUCACUCCAGGGACGACAGCAUGACAGAUUUGGACUCUGACCCUAAAGCUAAACGCAACAAAGUGUCCAAGGACAAGAAAAAGACAAGCAUAGAGAAGAAGGGCCCCCCUGAGGUGACAAUUGACCGCCCAGUGGCCACUGUUGGUGGUAAGAGAGGGCAGGAAGUGGAGUCGGGGGUGCUCAAGUCACGGCGUCCCACGCCUGCCCACAACAACGGAACUGUCUUACAGACUCUGCAGACAGAAAUCAAAGUGACGGUCAACGAAGAAAAAGUUAUUCCUAACGAAAUGACACGUGGUAGCUUUGGUACAAAAGAAAAAACUGGAGACGGCCAAAAUCAAUUUAUACGAGUAACAAAUAGCCAGAUAGAAUUUUUCAAAAUGCUGGAUGAAAAAAUAGAACAGGGUCAGGAAUUCACGUCGGAAGAAGAUGUGUCACAGACUAGUGAUCAGGCUACCACAGACAAUUUUAGGAAAUAUACGCAAUGAUACUCAUCUUUUAUAUUAAACAUUAUCAUAGGUCAAAGGUCAAGGCUGGCCUUAUACCUAGAUCACGUGGUGUACUAAACAAAGGUAUCUUUAAAAGAUCAAAGUUCCUGACACGGAUGUCAUUACAUAUGUUUGGUUCUGUUGGACAUCAUAACAAAUGGUGUUACGAUGGCGUUUAUAUUUUCUCGUUUGUCACGCAAUAGUUCAUAUUCCUGGUGCAAGAGACAUUUCAAAGCUGCGAUGACGAGGUGCAAUGACAUGGUAGAGGAUAGAUGCAAUGACUAUAUAAAUUAUUGUUAAUAUGUACUACUGUGCUCAAUUAGUAGUUUUUUAUUUUCCUUAUGUUUUAUUUUACACUUGCUACAUCACUCAGUUUUUUUAAAUAGUUCUGAUCUCCGAUCGGAUGGUGCAAUCAUGAUGCAUUUUGGUGAAUAUUUGUAAGUAAAUGUAUUGUGUUUACAAGAUUUAACAUUUGUGCCACCGAACAAGUCUGUAAACCGCUGACUUCUUCUCCUCCCUGUAGAAAUAGGUAUAACUAAAGCCUCACUGGCUGUCAGUAUGUAUAGCUACACUUCACGCUGGCUGUCCAUCAUGAUGCUACACUUCACAUUGUGUGUCAAACGUGAAGCUAAACUUCCGGCUGGCUGUCAAGCGUGAAGCUAAACUUCCGGCUGUCUGUCAAACGUGAAGCUACACUUCACACCAGCAGUCAAAAAUGUAGCUAAACAUCCCACUGGCUGUCAAACGUGAAGCUAUACUUCACACUGACUGUCAAACGUGAAGCUACACUUCACACUGACUGUCAAACGUGAAGCUAUACUUCACACUGACUGUC